UACCGAGGAAACCAAAUAGCGAAGAAGUUAGUGGUGGAACAUCGUAAUCGCUAGUUCGCCUAUACUUCGUCGUCGUGUGUGCGCUUUUGUAAUAACCAACCUCUUUUUUUUGGACCGUGCGUGUCCCGAAAGAGCCCCGAUUUGUCCUCGUGAACGCCAGAAACAGUCAGCAAAGCGGUGCUGCUCGGUGUCGACAAACGUUUCCGGCGUUGGUAGCGCUUCCGGUGCGACGGAACGGACCCGAUUCGUGGCACGGAAAUCGCAGCGAAUCUCGGGGAAAAUUGAAUGUCUAAAAUGGACGCAACGUCGUAGUAGAGCGAGGAGAGGUUAUUUUUUCUUAUUCAGUAGGUGCAAGUGAAACGGCUAAACCAGGCCAGCCGAAGAAGUUCCGUUGGUGUGAGUGAAAAGCCGGCUGUGGAAACGCAAGAGGUGUCAAACUCGUAACCGAAUGGGCGGCUGCUAGUGUGUGCGUGUCUGUGCCUGCUUUUUGCCUCUGUUUGUCGGCACAUUAGAAGCGGACUGCGGGAGUGAAUGGGAGAACGACAUCGGUCUAUUGCGGUUGUGUCAGUGCGGUAGAGAGAAAGAAAGGGAAACAGAAGGAAGAAUAAGAAGAGGUUUAGAAGUGAAAAAAAAAAGUACGAAGAAAGGAAAAUAAGGCGAGAAGUCAGUGGAAGAAAGAAAAAAAGUGAAUAAAAAGUGUACAAGUGGGAAAACGGGAAAGGCAAUGGCUAUAAAUUUGUUAGAUAAGGAAUCUUUCUAUUUUGUUUAAUUCUCAAACAACGUGAGCUUUCAGUUUUCGCCUUCAAGGCCUACUUUAAUAAGUUAUACUGUGCUAAAACGGGGCAGGCGAAUACGUGGAGUGAAUGUGGCGGAGGAAUUAGCGACACGCGAGAAGAGCAAAAAUCAGCGAGAACUUAAAGCAGCGGAUACAAGCAGGCAAAUCUGCCAGGAUUGGGUUCAAGAAAGUGAAAACGAGAUUAUUAUGGAAAAGGCGAAAGCCUACAUCAAGAACGAAUUGCGUGGGGGCUCCUUGGCAUCGCAUCCGGAGCCCCCGCCAGCCAGUCAGCAACUACACCAAAUUCAACCUCAACUCGACCAGCAGCAGCACCAUCAUCAACAGCAGCAACAACAACAGCGCCAAUCACCAGCUGAUGAUCCUUCCAAUAUUUGCUACGUUUGUGGUGCCCGUGGUGCCCUCGAUCAGUUCUAUCUCCGUGUUCGGCCGAAUCCUGAGCGCCCAAAUGAACCUUACUUUCCGUUGCUUGAAACGCACAUCCCACCCAACGGUGUUCCGCAGUGGACGCCGGCUCAGGUAGGGGUACGCUCGUGCAAUCUCUGCUUCACCACAUUCGCCCGACAGUGGGAUUACCACGAGCGCGAGGGUAAGCCCAUCUCGCAGAGAUUGUACUGGCUCAAACGCACCGAUGAUAAGAACUACAUUGGAGCGGAAAUGUCCACACAGGGUGAAUAUGCCACCCAGUUGCUCGGACUAAACCCGGAACAAACGGUCGGAUCGGGUCGCUCGCUGACACCCCAGUCGCAACAUAUGAGCUCUUAUGGUAGAAUCGAAAGUCCCAAUAGUUUAGCUCGGCCUAGGUCGCAGGAUCAUCCCGGUGCAACCGGUGCCGGUCCACCCGCGCAGCAUUUUCAGGUAGCUAGAAACGAUAGUCCAAUUCGGUCCAGCUCGCGGAACGAAUCACCGCAGGGCAAACCCGAAGUUUACCAUCCAACAAAGAGAUACAUCGAAAAUCACAUCAACAGUAGCGGAAGCUACAGCCAACAGGGAUCGAGGCCUUCCAGUCGAAACGAAAAGAGUGUCACACCGAGGCCUAUGUCCCGGGAGAAUCCAUCCCCGGUGGCAGCAACUGCAUCAGCACCACCCACAUCGGCAACCCAACCUGCGACAGCUUCACCCGUGCUAGCAGGACGGUUUGACGGUAUGAAAAUGUCUUCAUUCGCCCACCACAAGCUAAAAAUUGGCAACUACGCCAAUUCACUAGCGGCAGCCGCAACUGCUCCGACGACUACCGCCCCCGCUGCCACCAACGUCGACAACAAGUCGUCUUCAUCCACAUCGUCUUCCUCGCAUCGCUUAGAGGAGGCAGAGGGCGCGUUGGAUUUGCGGAAUUCUUCUCUCGGCCCUGUUCCGGGUACCGGUACGGACAUACUGGACUUAUCGAUGCCGGACAAAAAUUCAGUCACGGAAGUGUGCUACGUGUGUGGUGACGAACAGCGUAGAGGCAGUCUGGUGGAGAUUUCCACCGCGAAAGCGAAGGACACCAAGGAUCAGGAGAAGCCGUACUUUCCCAUCUUCGACGAGACGCAUGCCAGGCCUGCGCGGUCUCGACCGAAGGACCCCAAAGGAAUGGUGCAAGCGUGUAAAACAUGCUACCAGUAUCUGAUCAACCAGUGGCAAACGUUUAACGUUCGUUGUGUUCCUGAGAAUCAGCGUAAGUACCAGAUAAGGAAGCGUCAAACCACGCAGGAGCGUGCGGCGACCUUCGUCUGUUACACCUGCGGUUUCGAUACUCCAUCAUCGCAGUUACGGCUGGUUUACUGCUGCCCCAAUGCCGAACGGGAGCCCUACUUUCCGUUCAUCAAAACCAUGAAAGCACCGGCCAAUGCUAGUCCGAUAAGUCCACAAGGAAUGGUGCAAAUAUGUUCAACGUGCAAUAAGAAGAACGCUCAUCUGGCCGAAGGUGGCACCGUUAGUAAUGUCGAAGAAAGGUAUCCGUCUCCUACGAAAAUGACGUCUAGUGUGAUAAACGAGGUUGUUCGAUUUAAGCCUUAUGAAUCUGCCUCAGCUCUGUCUGGACCGUUGCGGGACCAGAAAGACUACCGAAGAGAUUCAAGACCAAAUUCACCGCUACACCCUCAAGGACCAGUUGAAAACGGUCAUGUUUUUUCAUGUUACAUUUGUAAGAAAAAUUUCCCUCCCCAAUCAAUGGAAUGGCUGUCGACGAGUGCCGAACACAUGAAUUCGCAUGCAAUGCAUUUUCCCUGCCUCAAAGGCAACAGCAACCAGGGUCCGGGCCGGGUACUGUCGUGCAAGUCCUGCGUACACAAUCUAACCAUCCAGUGGGAAACGAUGGACGCCGAUCGGGUGCCCCUGGAACACCGCAAGUACAUCAUUCCGUCGCCGACACCCAACUCGAUAUCGCCGACCGGUUCCAUCGGGCAGCACCGGGCGCCGAUCGCGCUUACCACGCCCCCGUCCACGCCGGCCGGCUCGAACGCGGCCAGCUCUUCCGUCUACUGUUUUGUUUGUGGCCUACAUUCGGAGUUAAGCUUUGCUAGAUUAUUAUACGCCAAGAGAGAGGGUUCUAGACCGUAUUUUCCUUUUUUGUUGAAGCACAAAUCGCAUCCCAAUGCGGAACAGUUACGCAGUGACAGCUCUGCCCUGGUUUGCACGUUCUGUUAUCACUCGCUGUUGAAUCAAUGGCGGAAGUAUGAAGCUCAAAACACCGUUCCCCCAAACAACCGCGAGUACAACUUUCACGACUACUGCUGCCACCUGUGCUGGAUUACGACGUACCGGAAACGAGUUCGCGCGCUUCCCAUCCGGGAGUAUCCCUUCGUGGCGAAUCGGAAAAGUGACGGACUGCUGCUGGAAAACGGCGACUACGCGGUAGUCUGUCUGGAUUGCUACGAAGGCCUGAGACAACAGUCGGCGGAAUACGAUCGGUGGGGCGUCGCGAUCGAGAAGCGCGAGUACAACUGGGUAGCGCAGCCACCCCCUCCGGAGGACAGCCCGGAAGUAUCUGUCGCCCGCUUGCCGAGCGGGGAACGGACCGAUAAAGUCAGCAAAAAUUCUCAGUUAGGUCUACGGCCAAUACCAAAUAAAAAGAACUGUUCUCCAAAGCAAGCAGCCAACGACAAACGUGAUGCGGUACCAACCAAACUAGCGCAGAAGCGUCCAGUCAGCAGUCCAGCACCACCAGUUCCUUCAUCCCAAUUAUCGAUGCAUCAUCCGUCUUCCGUAUCGCCGCACUCGAAUCACAUUGUCGGUUCGAAUCACCUUCCUCCGACGGCCGGGUCGAUUCCACCUGGAGCAGUCCAGCACAGUACACCGGUCGGAGUCGUUCAGCCAUCGCCGAAUUCAGCCGCGGUUCAGAGUGCAUCGGCGGCGGCGGCCAACAGCGGCAGUGGGCGAGGUCCCUUCGCAGCAGCGCUAUGUAAUCUGGCCAAGCAAGCAGACGUAAAAGACGACGAAGCAGGAGCAGGUGGCGGAGGAGGACGAGGCGAUCGUGGUGGCGGAGGAGUUUCGGAUCGUUCCAAUUCAGAUAGCCGGGGUAACCCGGUGGGAAAUUCUAUGGACCGCCGGCAGGUGGAUGUUCGAGAUAUGAGCGAUUCGCGAGGAAGUGUACUAUCCGAAAGCCGGGUCCGAAGUGCCGAUGUUUCUAGAGGUGGCGAUCCAAAGAAGCGCUCAUCGCCACAACCACCGGAAAAGAUGCAACGUUUAAAUCCUCCAAGCUCCGGUGCGAUCCCAUCCGAACUGUUGGCCCGAAGUGGUUUCCAACCAUACAGAUCGGACGAACGGAUGGCUCAUCCUGCAGGAUCAUUUCCGAUGGAUGCGUACGGUGGGUUUGGAUCCAUUCCCGGACUGCCUCCAGGCAACCUGUUUAAUCCAGCCGCUCUGGCAUACCACGAUCCGGCAAUCUAUCUCGAUCCCCGUUUCCAGAUGCUACGGAAUCAUUCUGCUGCAGCUGUAGCAGCGGCUGCCGCAUCUCAUCCCCUUUACUCGGCACUUCCUUAUCCGCCCAGUAUAUACGGCGGAAUGAUUCCAGGAAUGGGGAUUGGACCGCAGAGUAUUCAUGAGCACAUGAAACUCGAAGAAGAAAGACGAGCACGGAUACGGGAAGAAGAGCGAGCUCGUGAAGCACGCGAGGCGAUGGAGCGUGAGAAAGAACUAAGGGAACAGCGGGAACGUGAACAGCGUGAGAAGGAGCAACGAGAGAAAGAGGAACGCGAACGACGAGAGAAGGAACAACGCGAAAAAGAACAAAGAGAACGGGAAAUGCGUGAGAAGGAGGAACGAGAAAGGAGAGAACGGGAACGCGAACGCGAACGAGAGCGGGAAAGAAUGAUAGCAGCAUCACAACACAUGAUGCAUCAUUCACUGCAAAGGCCGUUCUUCCCGAUUGGUCUUGCGGCGGGUUUACCAUCGCCGCUAGGAUUGCCAAUGCGACCACAAGGACCAUUGUCGAUGCAAGGUCUCCCAUCGCCCCACCAUGCGCUGCACCCGUCAUUAAGCUUAGGAAUGGGUUUAGGACUACCACAAGUGCCACAACCGCCGCCAUCAUCCUCGAUGAACCUAACACAUCCUCCCCCGACCAGUCUGGGAGGACAUCCAUCGAUACCGACUAGUCUGGCCGUGUACAGCCACAGUCAUAAUCUGCCACCAUCGUCGAUCAGUUCCAGCUACCACAUGAGCAGUCUCAAUCUGUCUCACUCUGGAUUGGCAGCAGCGCAAAACCUAAGCCUGGGUCACAUUCCUCCACCGGCUCACGGUUCCCUCAAUCUAUCGGCAGUUCCUUCCCCUUCCAUCUCAUCAGCCUCUCAGCAGCUGAACUCAGCACCGCUGUCCCUUUCGACCAAAUCUCACCAGCAGAACGCUUCUGGAGCUCACUCGCUGCCAACGAUCAGUAGCAGCGCUGGUCUUCCUCCCCAUCAUUCUCACUCGCACCCGUAUUAUUCGUCCCCAUCGGUAUCGAUGUCAAUGUCCGGCAUAAACACCGGCAGUCCUCUUUCGCUGAGCAACAAACCGAUUGCCAACAACAGUCGAACGACAGCAGCGACUCCUCCCACUACAUCCAAUUCGGGCUCUAGUUCCGGUGUCGCGGCCACAUCAGCUACAGUUCCUCCCCGUCCGACGGCUACACUUUCGCCAGCCGGACCGCCAAACCCGUCUGUAAAUAGUACAAAUAUCGCUAGUAUUAACAGCAACCAUCAUCCCCAUCCGCACCUCCAUCGUCAGGAUUCACCACAAUCGGCCACCUUGGCUUCCGUGCCAGCUUCGAUGAACUCGCACAAACAGCAAGGAGGAGCGGGUGGAUCUCCUACCCAACAACCACAGCAACCACAACAACAACAAUCGUUAGAUAGUUCCAUUCUAAUCAAAGCUCCUGCUACAGUAGCUUCCGAAUUAAAAUUAAACCCCGCAGAAGAACGAACUUCUCCGGCUGGUGGUAAACCGGACCCGGAAAGUAAUGGAACAAUGCCAACCGUCGGUGGUACGGUGAACGCAACCACAAUUGCGGAAGAACUGAAAGCCGGUUCUUCCCCGAAAGCAGACGGUAUCAGUAAGGAAGAGAAACGAAGCGAUUCAACCGGUUCGGCAAGUGUUGCCACAGGGGAGACUCCGGAGGGCGAUAGUAAAAAGUCCCCCCUAAAUGGUGGUGGAUCAGGAGCAAGUCCCGUUCCCGGUACGGGAACACCACCAGCAGCACAGCAAACUGCUUCUUCAGACAACCCAUCACCCAUCAAUGCAGAGAAUGGCCUGAAUGGCGGAACCAACAGUAACGGAACGGCCUCUACUUAUUCAAAUUGAAAACCGCGAACUGCACUUGGCUCAUCAUUCUAGGACACAGCUUUCUAACCACUUUACAGCAAGUGGUAUUCUCAACAGCCAACAAAUCGGAAGAUAAGAAGCUGCAAAAUAAAACUAUCAGAUUAUAGUGUAAACGAAAUAGACAAAACUCCACGGAGAGCAGUGUUACAAAACCAGCGUGUAAAAGUGUUGCACUUUUUUUUUCAGCAAAACUGAUCAAACAUCAACUGAAAACAACACUUUCAGUAGAGCGGGCAAAACCAAAAACCAAAAUGUGAUAAAUAAAUUUAUUCGAUAAGAUUUCAAUCGCGGAAAAACUGAGCUAAAACAAGUCAAACAAUUUAGACUUCAAAUUUUGUUCGAAAAAGCCAACAAAACAAAACCAAAAAAAGAAAACUUUUUCGAUUAAUUUAGUCAAAACGGAAUAAAAUAUGUAAAUAUAUAAAUACAUAAUGUGCAUUGCUGUGAAACCACUGUUGAUGAUGAAUGAAAAAAAAAACACACUCUAAUUUGUCUUUACCCAAGAAACCAGCAUCCUAUCGCACUUUUUAGAGCAUAUUAUCCUGUCACUCACACCAACACACCACCACACAUACCCACAAACACACAAACACCGGCAAAUAUGAGCGGGUGAUCAAGUCUUGUUCUUUGCUAAUCCGCAUAAAUAAUAGACCGAGAAAAAACGCUGAAUCGAAACUCGCUCUCUCAAAAAAAAUCGAAAGGAUUUACAAAUCGACUGGACAUCUUACCGAACCGGAAGGAGAUAAUUACCUUGUUGUAUAUAAUUACUUGCGACAAAGCUGCAGAGAAGCGGACAGUGUAUGCAUAAAUACCUAAACUAAUCGUUACAAGCCAACUAGCGCGAGGUUCUGCCAGGCACUGGAAGUUAUUAUCAAAAACAAAGUACAGAACAAAAGUCUGUUUUUCUGUUCCCGUUAAAUUAGAGGCAGAAAGUAAUCUACAAAAAUAAAUAGGCAGAGGUAUUUUGGAAAGCGUCACCACUGAUGGAAGCGCAAAGUUUAAUUUAGGUUCGUGUUUUUUUUUUCUUAUUUUUGUCUCUUUUCGAUGAAAUUCUAAUAAAGGUAAGAACUUCAAUGUAGAA